AUGGGGGAGGGCCUAGCAAUCACAUCCAACAUCCUGCUUCCAGCACUCAGCACUUGCCGGUCUCUGCCGGGCCUGGACACUACUUUCACAGGACACAAGCAGCUGCCAAUGUCAACUUUCAAAGGUGCAACAGCAGGCACCAAGACAACGGGAGAAGAGACACAAGGCAAUCAUGGAAAGGGCAGCACUGGCAGCAUCACUCGCGAGCUGAUCGAAGAAACGGUGCCUUUCUUGCGCGACCCUCGACCAGAGAUUCGGCAAGCCGCAGCAGCUACAGCUGUAGCGGCAUCCGCCACCAAGGAGGGCGUGGCGCUCCUGCACAAGUGCGGUGCCGUGAAGUGGUUGUGCCGCAUCUCGGGGGACGUGGGAACCAUCGGCAAGGACGCGGUAUCAUGUUUGGUCAACGUGAGCGCGGAGGAGACUUCUGUGGCUGCACUCGAGGACAUGUGCAAGGCUGGCAUCGUUAACAGGAUGAUGGAGGCAGUGUCGGACGAGCAUUGUCUACCCUUCAUGCGCGACUUGUGUCUCCAGCUGCUCGCCAACGUCACGCGUGUGCAGGUCGGAGCGACGAAGUUGGCGCAAGUCGGCGUCGCGGGCGGCGCGCUCCGGGAAGGCCAGUACAUCAGAAGACUGGCGCGGUCGCUUGCGAAGCAUCCGGCCGAUAAGGGUCUGCCCUACCCCGUGCUCGUUGGCGGCAGUCGAGAUGACGCUAGGGUGGUGGACAGGAGAGCGGCCCUCCGCGAUACCCAAGCAGACGACGACGACGAAGACGAGGAGGGAAGGGGGGCGACGCACAAGAGAGGACGAAAGGGCGGGGAGGUGCUCGACCAAUGGCAACACUGCGCGAGCGUGCUUUGCAACGCUGCCAGGAUCCCGGAGGGAAGACGAGCCUUGAGGCGACCGGAUCCGUUCGUGGCGCUGACGGAGGUUCUGCCGCAGCUAGCUUCCCCCAAUCCCGUGCGAAGAUGGGGUAUCGCCGGGUGCGUCCGAAACUGCUGCUUCGAGGAGCUGGACCACCCGUGGCUGCUGCACGAGGUGAAGGUUGUGCCGCAUCUGCUCAUGAGGCUCGCCGACGAGAAGGACGAGUACGACUUCGAAGAAAAGGUUAUCCUCGACCCUCGAGUGUGGAGGAAAGAAGAACAAGAAGGUUCUUCUGAAGAUUCCCCCGCAGCGCCGAGACGACGAGAGCCCGUUCAGUGCAUCAAGCGGGAUAUUGUCGAGGCCCUGCUUCAGCUGUGCGCCAUCCUAGAGUCUCGGCAGUCGCUGCGAAAAUGCGGCGUCUACUUUGUGAUUCGGGAGAUGGACAAGUCGGAGCCCGACGCGGAGAUCUCGCAGGUGUGCUACAACCUCGUGAACUUUCUUCAGCGGGACGAGCAAGACAAGCAGGGCCGCAUCGAGUACCUCAAGAGCCUCGCAGAAAGCGAGGGCAAGGAGGCGGCAGGGGCGGCUGGAGAGGACCCUGAAACGACUUCCUCGGAGAUUGAAGUGAUGCCCCCGUCUACCGCAUCCCCGGGGUCCACAGCCGACAGGACGGCAUUCCUACGCGACAAGCUUGUGGGGGAGAAUGGUGGCGGCGCAGGUGUCGAGAAGAAGGGCGGCGGUGGGAAGGGCGGGGGUGGACCGAAGGAGGAGCAGGCGGUGGAAGAGUUUGUUGGGGAAGAGGGGGGCGACGCAAUGAUGGAGAUGUUGUCGGCGUUCGAUGACGACUCCGGGGACGACGAGACAUAAGAGGAGAGAGGGCUCAUUUGGGGCGGGAACCGGCACGGGCACGUGGAGACGUGUUUGUUGGUGGAGCAAGCCUAUGCCGAGAGGUUUUGUGUCGUUGGCGUAGAUGUU